UAUGGAGGCUACAGCUGGAGGCUAGUGAACGAGGAAGAAUGCAGUGAACCCAGCCUGGCAGUUAUCACUGAAGACACCCUGACCAUGAUUAAUCAGUCUCCAAUAAAAUGUCAACUGCUGAUUCUCACCUUGUUUGGUGUUCUAAGCGAUCAAGCUGGUCAUUUACUGAAUGGAGAAGAUCCGGUAACUUACGCCUUGGACAGCUUAAGUUCAAACUGUUCGACUCUACCAUUUGUUGCCUUUGAGGCAGCUCAUCUAGAACUCACCCAUUUGUUCGAACACAUGCUGGAACGUCUCGUGUUUUCUGAGAACUCUGAAGGCCGGGAUGAUGAUGUUAUCAAGAAAAUGGCACGCAUAUUACACAUGUACUCAAGCUACCUUGAGGAGUAUCACGGUGCGCUGACAGAAUUCCACACACAUAGCUUCAACCUGUUCACCACUCAAAUCUCGCGUGACCGAGCGUGCGUGGAAUUUUCGGUUGGCUCCAGCAUUAGCAUUUGGGUUUCCGAAAACCACCCGGCCAUUCUAUUUACGUGUACUGAUGUAUUCAUGAGAAAGAUUCUGCUCUACACUGGCAACCGACUGGUGGGUGGCCUAUGCCACAUCCGGAUACGGUCAAAAAAGGACGCCACCUACGGUGUCCAGUUUCUGCGUGCGCAGUGGGCUGGUCUUGAGCACUACCAGUGUGUUUGGUCGGCAAGGCGGAUGAUCGACUUUCAGGAAAGUCUGUUUCAAAGCUAUUGCUGGAUUCGUGCUGAUCCAUCCGGCGACAUCAGUUGCGUUUGCAACCAACCCGGUUAUAUGACUCUUAGGCAGAUUGGAACGGGUGCAGAUGAUAUACGUCACAUAAUCCACAAUCCUAUCAGAGGCCAUCUGUCAUUCCGAUUCGCGUUUAUAGUGGCUAUCCUUUGCUUCGUUGGCACGCUAUAUCUGGUGUUAAUUCAGAGUUUUCCAGCUAUAUUUCAACUGUACGUCGGAAAGAACACAAAAGUGAAAUACGCAAGGUGUUACGUACACAUAACAACCCACAUGCUGUUCUUGUCCGGGUCAAAACUCCUCAUGAUUAUUGUGACCACGAUACACGACGAUGACGAUAAAUGUUCGGGUUGA